CUUUUUACCUCUAGGCCAUGCACGUGUAGCCUAUUAGUUCGUAUCAUCGAGAUUACUGAUAUCUCGUCCGCCUAUCCCAUACCAAGUCACCAUCAUCAAUCACCUUGCAGUACCAACAGUUCUGCAGUCCCUCAGCAUUCCUUCGCAUCGACAAUUUCGAUAUCUUCAUAUAGAUCGUCAACAUGGCGGCGGCAAGCUCUCUUAGCCGACGCGACUUCAACGUGCUUGAGAAGAUCAAAGACCCGGAGUCAAACCCAUUGACAGCUGUCAUCGUAGACGCGACGUUGCCCAAAGAUCCGAAUAUAACGGACACAUCCGUGUACGACCGCGUCUCCAAGAAAGAACGAGAUAUUGUGUUGGCUAUGCAACAACUAGAGAUGCAACUAGCUGGUCUGCGACCUGCAACAACAACAGAACCGAUAGAAGAAUAUCGCCAAUGUGUGUCAAGGUUAGGAGAACUCAUCUCGGAAUACCCCAACUAUGCUAGCGCACGAAACAACAGAGCACAAGCUCUCAGAAGACUGUACGGGGAUACAAUGCUCCUAACCGGUGUCGGUGACUCGAAUCGGCUGUUGCAGGACAUCGACAACUCCGAGAAGUCUCAAGCAGCAGCGUCGACACUUUUAGAUCUUGAUGAAGCCAUCGCGUUGCUAACACCGAAGAGCCUCUUCGCUUCCAUCUCGCCACAAGCUGGAAAGACCCUAUCGCUGGCGCAUACCCAACGAGCAGCGAUCUAUCAUAUGACUGCGAAGUCCUUCCAAGCUGGCCAUGCGGCUAGUGUCCCUGGAAGAAAGGAAGCGACAUGGAAAAAGAUGGAAUUUGAAGAGGCGGCGUCAAGAGAUUUCGCCUCGGGAGGGAGAUAUGGGAAUGAGAUCGCAAAAGGGUUGGCUGUGAGUACCAACCCAACUGCGAAGCUGUGCGGACAGAUGGUGAGGGAAGCUAUGAAGAAGGAAUAUGGCCCGGCUUAUGCGGAAUGACUGUUAGACUUAAACAAUAAUAUCAUUGCUCGUCUUAAUAUUUAUCCGUAGGAUCCAGCAUAUUGUCUAGUAUCGUUCGUGUCCCGAUUUAGGCGCAUAUGGAAACUGGCUCUUUCCAGCCAUUUCAGUAUAGUAUAUAUACCGUGGGUGAUCCUGGUAGCAAAGCCCUUCCGAG